UCUGUCAAACUGAAGGAGGAGGAUAAAAACAGUUUUGGAGUAAAAAAUCAGGGAAAUAUUUCUAUUGGUAGGCGGACCGGUCGUGAAGAGAACAAUCGCGUCGACUUUGCCAGGGAGCCACCUCAAAGCGUAUCAGGUUACUUUGAGUGACAGCGUAACCAUGGCAAAUAAUUUGACUAAGGCUAUUGUCUUAUCCUCACCAUCCCCGGGUCAGAUAACCGACCAAUCAGAGUUCAUAUAAUCGCCUGUCUUGCCAGCUUAGAAUAAUAUUAUUAAAACGAGCCAGCGAGCCUGCUCUCCGUGUGUAGUUUAUGUUGAAACGGCAUACAAAAGGUGGAGUGGGACGGUGGAAGGAGUAGCAACUUUCUCUCAUUCUCCGCAACUUUAUGAGGAAUUGUCGCCUGGGGUUUUUGCAUGGCUGAAUAUAGGCUUUAACUUGUUCUGCUGUGCGCAGUUGGAUAUUACCAAAGCGCGUUCGGUUCAAAGUUUUUUAGGCUGCGCUUUCGGGGGGACCUUUUGACACUGAUGGACUUAAUGCGUCUUGAUUUAAUGAGAGACUGAUAUAGGAAAGACGUGGAAGUGAGGCACAAUAUAAUCAUCCCUUUGGUUUUACCUUGUCGCUAUGUCAAUGCUUCCGACGUUUGGUUUUACGCAAGAACAAGUGGCGUGUGUGUGCGAGGUCCUCCAGCAAGGGGGGAACAUCGAGCGGCUGGGGCGCUUCCUCUGGUCGCUGCCGGCGUGCGAACACCUCCACAAAAACGAGAGCGUGCUCAAGGCGAAAGCCGUGGUCGCCUUCCACCGGGGGAACUUCCGAGAGCUGUACAAGAUCCUGGAGAGCCACCAGUUCUCGCUGCACAACCACCCGAAGCUGCAGCAGCUGUGGCUCAAGGCGCACUACAUCGAGGCGGAGAAGCUGCGCGGCCGGCCGCUCGGAGCCGUGGGGAAGUACCGGGUCCGGAGGAAGUUCCCCCUGCCCCGCUCCAUCUGGGACGGAGAGGAGACCAGCUACUGCUUCAAGGAGAAGAGCCGGAGCGUGCUGCGGGAGUGGUACACCCACAACCCCUACCCGUCCCCGCGGGAGAAGAGAGAGCUGGCCGAGGCCACGGGACUCACGACCACACAGGUCAGCAACUGGUUCAAAAACCGACGGCAGCGAGACCGAGCAGCUGAAGCCAAAGAAAGAGAAAACAACGAGAACUCCAACAGCAAUAGUCACAACCCACUGACUUCUUCCAUGAAUGGAAAUAAAUCUCUAUUGGGGAGCUCGGACGACGAAAAGACGCCCUCGGGGACUCCGGAUCAUCACACGUCCCAGAGCCCGGCUCUGCUGCUCGGCCCGAGCAGCGGUUUACCGGGGCUGCACGGCCUGGCGCCCCCGCCGGGCCCCAGCGCCGUCCCGGUGCCCGGCGGCGCGGAGCCGCACCACCACCACACGCUGCACCACGACUCCAUACUGAACCCUAUGUCUUCGAAUCUAGUGGACCUUGGCUCUUAAAACAAAAAAAGAAAGAAAAGAAAAGAAAAAAUCUGCAAGAAAUGGGGACAAAGAGCACCAGUUUUGUCCUCUCUCUCUUUUUUUCCCCCUUUUUUUCGGGAAAGUAAUUUACAGGGUGGCGUGAGUUAAGCUUCAAGCACAUGCGGCAAAGGCAGGCAGACUGGAACAGUGAGAAAAACAGCCACCGUAACAAAUCACUUCGUCUCAUAUUCAACUUUAAAAAAUCUUUUUCUCAACGAGUGGGGAAAUCAAAUCUGCCGGUGUGCGCGUGACCUCCUCUUAUCCCCAAAUUAAAACGUUUGCUUGUUGGGUUUUUUUUCUCCAGAAACAAGUGUCCAGAGCAGAGCACUUAGAACUUUCCACAGAAAAGAUCAAACUUGUACCAUAUUCCCUCGCCACUGGGAUCAUUUCACUCACACUUGCUUGAGAAAAAUAUUCUUUGAGAAAUGAAUAGAUUUGUGAUUAUAUGUCUUGUUAAGACGGAUCUUUUUGCAGUGGUGGAUAAGAGAAAGAAAAAGAUCUUACCGGAAUGUAAUAACGUAACAUGUUAUAUUGUUGAAAACAAUAAAGUGUCUUAAUUCUUGUUAUUACCGUUGUUAUUUUAGGAGUUUAGAUCAUGACUAUCACCAGACAAAAGUUAAAUACCCCAUGCCUUUUUUGUUAAUAUGGGGCGUUUUAAGAGAGCCAUAAGCAGUUUUUUUAUUUUAUUUUAUUAUUAUCUGUUUUUUCUUGUUGUAGAGGAAGAUGGGCUUACUGCUGGCUUAUAAUAUUCUUACAAGUGUCUUAUAAGAGCCGUGAUAAGAUGAAGUAUCUUAAUCUCCUGACAUUAUUAGUAGUGUUUACAUUUUCACUUGGAAAGAGACUGCAUGUAAACCUUGCGAUAAAUGAUGAAGCAUAAAUCGACUUAUAGUUUCAUAUAUCCUUUACAAUAAAAGAAAAGCAUA